AGAGGGAGGGGGUCAGGGGUUGAAGAGAUGAGAGGAACACAUCAGUUCAGGGACAGAGAAGGAGGGAAAGCAGCACGACAGAGCAAGUAAAUUGUGCAAAGUGGAGAGAGAUAAAAGUUGCUUGAACGCGAAGAAGAGAUAUAGUUUAAGUAAGCAGAUGAUACAUGCACUCUCCAUAUGAUGGCGAUGUUUUGGACAGCAGUUGUCUUCUACAUAUGUGGACAUACAGUGGAAGUUUCUGGAACAGCUGGUAAAGAUGCACUGCCAGCCAGUUUGGCCAGUACAGUGAUGUCUACUGCUUUACCCACUGUCACACCCACAGAAGAUGAGAGCAGUAAACUUGUGGACUGGCUCACAAAGUAUGGAUACCUCCCACCCCCUGAUCCCUCUACAGGUCAGUUACAGGCCUGGACAGCUGUCACUCAAGCAGUGAAGAAAAUGCAGAAGUUUGCUGGCUUGGAAGACACUGGUGUCUUAAAUGAAGAGACUCUUCAACUGAUGCAGACACCCCGCUGUUCACUGCCGGAUUAUAAAGACCAAACCAUUCUGUCAUCAACGCUACACAGUGAAAUGCAAAAUCAGAGGAUGAAAAGGGCUGUGUCUACCUGGGCAAGGCGAAAUAUCAACUGGAGGCUGCGGUUUUACCCAGCAUCUUCUAAACUAUCCAGAGAAACGAUUCGCUCCCUUGUGUACUAUGCACUCCGAGUGUGGGCCAAUCCAACAUUACUUGAGUUCCAUGAGGUGAGAGGACCAGAGGGGACGGAUCUCCAAAUAGAUUUCUUGCAUGGUCCCCAUGGAGAUGGAUAUCCCUUUGAUGGGCCAGGUGGAUCUGUUGGCCAUGCCUUCUUUCCAUCAGACCCAGACAGGGCAGGUGGAGUGCACCUGGAUGCAGAAGAGGAAUGGGCCUUCAGACAACCAGCAACGGAUGGUACAGAUCUGUUCACAGUUCUAGUACAUGAGCUAGGCCACGCCCUCGGAUUGACCCAUUCAUCAGUGCGACAAUCUGUAAUGCGUCCAUACUACCAGGGGCCCCUGGGAGACCCACUACACUUCAGCCUGGGCCAUCACGACCUUCAGCACAUCACAGCCCUUUAUGGUAAGAGCGGUAACCAUAUUCCAACUGACAGACCUCUUCUUGUAACGGAUCCUCAACUCCGACACCGACAUGGAGACAUACACAGCCUAAAACACACACACAGUCAUUUGGACAGUCCUGUGGAUCGCUGUAACACUAGUUUUGAUGCAGUUGCCAAGAUUCGAGGAGAGAUCUUCUUCUUCAAAGGGCAGCAUAUGUGGCGAGUGAGCAGAGGUGGUCUCGUUUCAAUCAGGGCUGUUACUGUUCAGAGGCUUUGGUCAGCUCUUCCCUCUUCCCUGCCUCCACUGCGAGCUGUUCUGGAGAGACACACGGAUCAUGCUAUCAUCUUUAUCAGUGGUUCCCAGGUUUGGCUGUUCAAGGAUCUGUCACUUCAGGAGGGCUUUCCUCAGCCUUUGUCAGCUCUAGCUCCAGAACACUCAGAAGGCGGGUGGCAAGGACUGCAUUGGGACCCGACACAGGGUGUGGUGUGGGGGUCUGUGAGAGAGGACCAAGAGAAAGGAGAAAGGCUAGAGGAAAGUGAAGUCUGGAGAGAGCUCAUUGAAGGAGGAGUGAACGGAAUCAUCUUGGAGAAUGACAGCGACAGAGAAAGGGGUGGAGAUUUUAAGGGUUUGACCUUUGUUUUCAAAGGCAGUUCCUACUGGAAAUUUACUAACCCAGGCUCUGCCCCUGAAGAGGGAUACCCCCGGCCUCUGGCCACUGAUUGGCUGGACUGCCCUCAGCCUUCCUCUUAUAGCCCUGGCGACAUCUCUUUGAUCUCUGACUUCGGUGGACAGGACCUUCGUGAGCAGACAGGGCAAAAAACAUUCGACCAGAUUAGACACAAAAACAAAAUCACAGAAAGAGACAAAACCCACCACUGGGACUGUCCAUGUUUAAACAGGGCAGUGACUCAUACUGGACCUCUUUUACUAAUGCUUGUUUUAUUUCUCAUCACUAUGACUUGUUAAUUUUCUAUGCUUCUGCGUUCAUGCACUCACACCCAAAGACAACUUCUGAGCUAUGUUCAGAAUGUAAUACUACCUUACUACUGAAUACUCUGCAGUAUUUACUGAAUACUGAAUGCUAUUUUUAAAUGGUAUUUUUAACAGAAUGCAUUAUGCUAUGCAUUUUAAAACUUUCAAACAGUAAUAUGCUACAUUGUUGUCACAUGACCUCAUUACAUUUGCCACAUAACCGCAUCUUGAAUGUUUGAUUCAGCAAUACCGUCUUGUUAUUUUGCAUUUUUUUUAUACAACUUUGAAUAUAGAUGUCUUCAUUUGGCAUACUAAAAAUGUGAUGUUAAGUCAAAAGCUUUACAAUGUAGGAUACAGUGUUUCUCACUGUGUGCUCUGUUGUAUAAUGCAUAUUUUGGCAAAUGUAGUUGUUCCAUGCACAGUAUUUACAGUAUACUAUACACUGCAGAAAUAGUAAGAGUAUUAUGGUGGUAUGACAUUUCAAACAUCAACAUGUUUCCUUGACUUUUAAUCUCCAACCUAAUUAAUAGGUUACUAAACAGGUAAUUUUUAACAAAUUACAUAUUGUUAAUGAUUUACAGUUUCGUGUUUGUGUCAGCUAACUAAAGCUUAUGAGAGCAGCAAUACCACAAUUAAAUAAUAUUAAGUACUAGAUUUUCAAAGUAUAAUAAGAUGUUAUACAUGUUUUGAUUAUGAAGAUCCAGAGAGAGUGUUAUAACAAGUUUUAUACAAUUAAUUGAAAUGACCCAUUGGAUUCUUGGAGGAAAAUUUUUUAAUUCAUAUUUACAAUUUAUAAAAUAUUGUGAGAGUUUAGAUUAAUCAGGAAGUGCACAUAAAUGUGGCAGCUUGUCAUAUCACUGGCAAAUUAUGUUUUUGUGUGAUUUUUAUUAUAAUUAUUAUUAUUUUUAUUAUUAUAUACUGUAACUGUGUUGUGUAUGUUGUUAACUGCCAAAUGAAGAGGAAAAUGUAAUUUAAUGCAGAUUUGCAUCCUGUGGAAAUGGCCAAUCUCUUUUUAAUAAAUAAUAAAUAAGAUGGAAAUAAGUUUGAAUGUAUUUUAUGGAUUUUGGCCCUUAUUUUGAGCUGACAUACAGUUACUUUUUACUUUAUUUUUAUUUUUGUAAUCAUACACCCAAAGAAAAUGCUACUUAAAAGAAUAGUAAGAACAUGUAAUUGCAUGCAUUUGUUGUGUUUACCUCAGGAACUUCCACCACCACUCACUUUAGUUUACUGGCAUCUGUUGCAUCACUUCAGAAAAAACAAAUAUGCACAAUGUUGCAGGCAGGUCUAUAUAAGGUACUUGUCUUGGAAAGGUAAUGCAGCAUUAUCUGUAAAUCUUUCUUAAGUUCUACAAUGUUCAAUUUGGCGGUCUUGACUGCUGUUCUCUGCAUGUUUAGUUUGAGUCAGGCCACUCUGCUAGACUGCAAGGGGAUCACAACACCACAAAUCCUGGAAGAUGACCACAAAAGCAUCAUGGGUAAAUGGAUCUUCCUUGAAGGCAUAGCAGACCACCACUUGUUCACAAAUAUCUUGAAGACUGUGAACAGCUCAUGGAUAGAGUUUGGCAACAGCCCUCAUGCAAACUCUGUAACCCUCACUCAAAAGAAUAUGCUAAGUGGAAAGUGUGAGGUCAAAACAGUCAGUGCAACUCUACAAAAUAGUACCAUUUAUGUCAGUGAAAAUGACACAUUAACACAGGGCAAGUUUCUGCCAUCCUGUUCGGACUGUGUCACCAUAACCUUUAUUAGCCAAUUCAAUAAAACGACCAUAAAUUCACUCUACCUCUUCAAGCGAGAGAGACACAGAACUGAGUCUGAUAUGGACAUGUACUGGAAACAAGCGGAGUGUCUUGGAUAUAAAAGAGAACCCCAGUACUCCUAUGAUGGUGUGACAGAUCUAUGUCAUGAGGCCCCGGACAACUCAUCUGAACAGAAGUCAAAUAUGGACAAGUCUAAUCAAUAAAUAAUGAACACUAGAAUGUCUCUCAUGAUUAUAAAUAUAGAUUUGUACUAAUGGAAUAUAACAAACACUGUGCAAGCAUAAAAGUUUAUACACUCAGACAUGUUAAUUCUAAGAGACUAUAUGUUUAUUUACUGUGAUACAGAAUAUGUUGUAAUGACCACUUAAAGUAUAAUGAAGAAACAUAAGGAGAAUGCUUCCAAUUUUACAUCGUGGUUACAUUUAUUUCUAUAUGAGCAUUGUUCUUUCAACCAACAAUUAGUUUUGAAAUAAAAUAUAUUAUGUUCACUUGGCAA